AUGCGUUACAACGUGAUACUCUUUCUCCUGCUUGCAAGUUGCAAUGCUUUUCCGUUUGUCGCGCUUGUACCGUUCUCAGUAGCGAUAACGGGAAUAAUAUACAAGUAUCGUCUAAACUGUCUCCUAUAUGAAUGCUGUUCUUCAGCCGUUCACUUUAACAAAACAAGCUUGGAACGAUCACUUUCGGAUGAAUUGCAUGGUCAGCAUAUCGCAGCUGAGCGUGUGUAUCAUCAUUUAGUCGAUCAUAUUUCCGGUGGUUUGCCACAAAAGCCUCUAGCAUUGUCAUUCCAUGGAUACACUGGUGUUGGGAAGAAUUUCGUUUCAAAUAUUAUCGCGAAUAAUGUUUUGAAAUUGGGAACAAGGAGUCGGUUUUACCAUUUCUAUGAUGCGACAAUACACUUCAAACAUGCCUCCCAUAUUCCAGAGUAUAAGGAACGCCUUUAUCGAGAUCUACAUACAGCUGUUUCCGAGUGCCCUACAUCAAUAUUUGUUUUUGAUGAAAUGCACAAUAUGCCUCAUGGAAUAUUGGAUAUAUUGUCACCUUUGCUAGAGGUCCGUGAAACAGUUGAAGGCGUUGAUUUUAGAAAGUCAAUAUUCAUCUUUUUGAGUAAUGCUGGUGGUAAUUAUAUCAAUAGGCGUACGUAUGAGCAUUUAGUUGGUGGAAAGAAGCGAGAAGAUCUGCGUUAUACAGAUGUCGAUCGCUUUUUAGCCAAAUCGGCAUUUAAUAAUGAAGGUGGCCUUCAGUACUCUGAGCUAAUUACUAAACAUCUAAUCACAGCUGUUAUUCCAUUCUUGCCAUUACAGCCGACCCAUGUUAGAAAAUGUGUUCAAGAUGCUGCUAAGCGACGUAAUGUCACAUUUUCCGAAGAUAUGGUUCAAUUUGUCCUGGAUGAACUUGAAUGGUCACCGGAAGGGAGCAAGUUCUUCUCUGUUUCAGGUUGUAAAAGAGUCUAUGAAAAAGUUGGAUUUUAUCUACAACAAUUGUAA